AUGGUGGUAGUCACGGGGCGGGAGCCAGACAGCCGUCGCCCGGACGGUGCCAUGUCCAGCUCCGACGCCGAAGACGACUUUCUGGAGCCGGCCACCCCAACGGCCACGCAGGCGGGGCACGCACUGCCUCUGCUGCCGCAGGAGUUCCCUGAGGUCGUCCCCCUUAACAUCGGAGGGGCUCACUUCACCACACGCCUGUCUACCCUGCGGCGCUACGAGGACACCAUGCUGGCGGCCAUGUUCAGUGGGCGACACUACAUCCCCACCGACGCCGAGGGCCGCUACUUCAUCGACCGCGACGGCACACACUUCGGGGAUGUGCUGAACUUCCUGCGCUCGGGGGACCUGCCACCGCGGGAGCGCGUGCGGGCCGUGUACAAGGAGGCCCAGUACUACGCCAUUGGGCCCCUCCUGGAGCAGCUGGAGAACAUGCAGCCACUGAAGGGGGAGAAGGUGCGCCAGGCAUUCCUGGGGCUCAUGCCCUACUACAAAGACCACUUGGAGCGGAUCGUGGAGAUCGCCCGGCUGCGCGCCGUCCAGCGGAAGGCCCGCUUUGCCAAGCUCAAGGUCUGCGUCUUCAAGGAGGAGAUGCCCAUCACCCCCUACGAGUGCCCGCUGCUGAACUCGCUGCGCUUCGAGCGGAGCGAGAGUGACGGGCAGCUCUUUGAGCACCACUGUGAAGUGGACGUGUCUUUCGGGCCCUGGGAGGCCGUGGCUGACGUUUACGACCUGCUGCACUGCCUGGUCACGGACCUGUCGGCCCAGGGCCUCACCGUGGACCACCAGUGCAUCGGGGUGUGCGACAAGCACCUCGUCAACCACUACUACUGCAAGCGCCCCAUCUAUGAGUUCAAGAUCACGUGGUGCAGGAGGAAGAUGAGCCUUAAGUCUGAACGCCGAGGAAUUCAUGUGGAUCAAUCAGAGCUCCUCUGCAAGAAAGGAUGUGGUUACUACGGCAACCCUGCUUGGCAGGGUUUCUGCUCCAAGUGCUGGAGGGAGGAGUACCACAAAGCCAGGCAGAAGCAGAUUCAGGAGGAUUGGGAACUGGCAGAGCGUCUGCAGCGGGAGGAAGAAGAGGCCUUUGCCAGCAGUCAGAGCAGCCAAGGGGCCCAAUCCCUCACAUUUUCCAAGUUUGAAGAGAAGAAAACCAAUGAGAAGACCCGCAAGGUUACCACAGUGAAGAAAUUCUUCAGUGCUUCAUCCAGGGUUGGAGCAAAGAAGGCAGAAAUUCAGGAAGCAAAAGCUCCCAGUCCUUCCAUAAACCGGCAAACCAGCAUUGAAACGGAUAGAGUGUCUAAAGAGUUCAUAGAAUUUCUCAAGACCUUCCACAAGACAGGCCAAGAAAUCUAUAAGCAGACCAAGCUGUUUUUGGAAGCAAUGCAUUACAAAAGGGACUUAAGCAUUGAGGAGCAGUCAGAAUGUACUCAGGAUUUUUACCAGAAUGUGGCUGAAAGAAUGCAGACUCGUGGAAAAGUGCCUCCAGAAAGAGUUGAGAAGAUAAUGGAUCAGAUUGAAAAGUACAUCAUGACUCGUCUCUAUAAAUACGUGUUCUGCCCAGAAACUACUGAUGAUGAGAAGAAAGAUCUUGCUAUUCAGAAGAGGAUCAGAGCCCUGCACUGGGUUACACCGCAGAUGCUUUGUGUCCCUGUCAAUGAAGAAAUUCCAGAAGUGUCCGACAUGGUGGUGAAAGCAAUUACAGAUAUCAUUGAGAUGGAUUCAAAGCGUGUGCCCCGGGAUAAGCUGGCCUGCAUCACCAGGUGCAGCAAGCACAUCUUCAAUGCCAUCAAGAUCACCAAGAGCGAGCCGGCUUCAGCCGAUGACUUCUUACCCACGCUCAUCUACAUUGUCUUGAAGGGCAACCCCCCACGCCUUCAGUCCAACAUUCAGUACAUCACCCGCUUCUGCAACCCAAGCCGGCUGAUGACGGGCGAGGAUGGCUACUAUUUCACUAAUCUGUGCUGUGCCGUGGCUUUCAUUGAGAAAUUAGAUGCUCAGUCUUUGAAUUUAAGUCAGGAAGAUUUUGACCGAUACAUGUCUGGCCAGACUUCUCCCAGGAAGCAGGAAUCUGAGAGUUGGUCUCCUGAUGCCUGCUUAGGUGUGAAGCAGAUGUACAAGAAUUUGGACCUCCUGUCUCAGUUGAAUGAACGACAGGAAAGGAUUAUGAAUGAAGCUAAGAAACUUGAGAAAGACCUCAUAGAUUGGACAGAUGGAAUUGCAAAAGAGGUUCAAGACAUUGUUGAGAAAUACCCACUUGAAAUUAGACCCCCAAAUCAGUCUGUAGCAGCUAUUGACUCUGAAAAUGUUGAAAAUGAUAAACUUCCUCCACCGUUGCAACCUCAAGUUUAUGCAGGAUGA